GACGAUCUCCUUCUUUUUUGUAGAUGUUGUUCUUUCCUGACCUGGUGAUCGAUCGUUUUCUAAAUCUGUAUUGCGACUAACCAUUCUUUCAUCAUCAAGUUCUUUGAAGGUUUCGAGAGGCGGUCGAAAAUAACGCAGAAUAUAGUAUUUCAACAUGGAGGUCGGUCCGAUCCCCUCACACCUGAUCGGGAACGCCGACGUGGCGAAACAUAAAGAGGAGGCAGAUAAGUACAAUGCGAUUAUCAGCCAGCUGCUGGAGGACGACGUUAUCGAUUGCACCGCAGACGACCUGAAGGAAGACAACCCCCACCGAGGCCCGUUUUUGCGGCACAUGGAGGAGAAAGCCCGAUCUAGAGUGUACUUGCCCGACCCCCCCGGGGGGGCGCUAUCCGGGAGCACGAGUGCCGCGUCGAAGAUGACAACAACUUCCGCCAGUGCAGCGCAGGCCUCGAAGGACAACAUUCAUGCCAACAUUCUGCGUACGCUGGUGGCGAAUUCGAAUCUCAGUACGAAUUCCAGCGGCGAUCCCGUGCUGGUUCCGAAACCGAAGAUAAAGACUGCUAGUACAACCGGCAGUUGUGUGAACGACAAAGAAAACAACAAUGCAAUGGUCAACAAUGUUGGUUCUGAACAAAGUAAGAACUCGGACAAGAACGCGAAAGCCGGCAGUGGUUCCGAGCAAAAGAAAACUCCGUCUAAAAAAACAAAGGGAAAAAAUUCGUCCUCCUCGUCCAAAAAAUCUGCGGAGAAGGAGGACAGUGGCUUAUUAACGGGGCAGGAAAAGGAAGACAAAGAAAAACCCUCAACCGAAGACUGCAUCAAGAACUGCUCGCCAGAGGCCGCGCGCUGGGCGAUCAAUGCAAUCUUGCGGAAAGCAAGUACGGCUUAGUUAUUCAUGACUUUUGGGCCUACACUUUCUUGCGCUUUGUAUAAACGAUAAAGAUCAGUCUUCUUGAAGAUUCGUUCUUUGACUUCUUGCGUUAGGUGACCUAAGACGGUGUGAAGGAAAGCUUCUGAUUUUUUUUCUCCAGGUGGGAUGGGAACCAACUUUAUCUUCUUGAACGAUUUCAACAACAAAUCGGUAGAAGCUGCUGCUCUGGAUGAGCCACGGUAAAUCAUUUUUGUUUUUCUUCGUUCGAUUUUUUGAGCACAAUUGCGCCAGAAGCCAUUGCUGCUUACCUUCAUGAUAAAUUUGCAUGCUGGGGGGGAGACAUAAGGAGUCGGGACUGAUGCACCUGAAUGUACUGCUCACAUUUCAAUGUAGGAUUUUGCACAAAGACAGUUCCACUUUGUACCGAUGAAGAUGCUAACGCAAUAAAAAUGGUCUUUAGGAAUUCGGCAGAGUCGCUGGGUAUGGGCCGUGCUGUGGACACUUUGAAGUGGAGUAUGUACCAGAGUGAAGACGCGAGUGUACCGGAAAGCAAGAACGCUACCGCGGGGGAGCAAGACCGAAAGAAGGGCGGGGGAGCGUCAAAAACCGGAAGCGGAACCAGCAAAACCUCGUCCGGUGGUAACGGUGGGACCAUUAAGCAGGACGGGAAAGCCUCCACUAACAGCAGUAAGAACAAGAAGAAGAAAACCAACCGGCGCAUCACCCGCGCGAAGCAGCUGGAGCAGUCCGCGCUGCUCGAGUCUAUGUCCACCACGGCCGAUAACAGCUCUGCCGGUGCGAGCCCGGCGGAGUCGGAAUCGCGGCCAACCACGCUGCUGUCCGGCGUGGGGGGCAACGGCGCGUCGCUAGUGUUGGAGGACCAGGAGGGUCGUGGCGACGGUUUAUUCCAGCCCAAGUUGUCGCAGCGGCAAAAGAAGAAGUUCGCGGCGACAAAGGGCAUGGACUUGGCCCAAACGUUGGACUCCAUAGCGAAGGAAUUUCGCAAAUCCCAGGAGAAAGCGCAGAAGAAAAAUUCGGAAAAACAGGGGGAGGAAGUAGACGGGAUUAAUAACGCGUCGAGAACGACCACAGUGCUGACAGUGGCGGAGGACAAGGAAAACGUGACUCCGGAGGCUGACCUGUCGAAAGAACGUAGUACCGCGGCCGAAAAUAGUAAUUCUAGUACAACCGAGGAGAAGAAAUCACAACCAGCUUGCGCCGCGGAAGAUGGAAAACCAAAAACUACGUCGGUCUCGUCCAGUAUCACGACGGAAAGGACGGAGCAGAGUCAAGUUUUGCAGGAGAAAACCGAGAUGACGAGAAACAGCGACGAGCCCGACGUUUCCAGCGUUCCGAACGGCGAAGAGCUCAUCGAGAAGGCGUUAGAAGGCGACAAAAUCGGUAUAAAAACAUUGUUGCAUGACUGUAAAAAUCAUAUAUGUGUUCUUCGGUAAGAUUUUUUACUGCAAGUGCAAACGAGCAAAAAAGUAUUUUUUUGCAUGAAGUUUUUACUACACGUACGCACGUACUAUGAGCACGCCUUUUCUUCUUACCAACUUCAAAAAAAUCACACCAGCCCAAGCUCUGUGCAAAAGCAACAAGGUGCUGUUGGCCGCAAUCCGGUUUCGCAAGGGGGCUGCGGCUGCAGCUGCACGAGCUGGCAAAUGAAGGCAGCCGGGAUGUGUUUGCUCGUUUUCAUCACUAGAGUAGAUGUGAUCAAUUUUUUUACAACAACCUUCCUCACGUUUCUACUGUACUUACCUUUAUUUACACCCGGCACGGGCCAUCAUUGUUAACUGUCUUCGAGUUCGAUGCGAAAAUUGAGCAAAACUUGCAGUGUAUCAAAGUUCAAAAUGAAAUUUGGCCGGCUGAGUGGUUCUUCAACUACAUACGUGAAUACACCAAUUACUAAAUGCGGGAACAAUAUUUACAGCAGCCGUAGCAGAACUAAAAUGAAUGUAAGGUGUCUACUACUUGUUUGCGCCUAAGGAACCACGACUAUCACCGCACCGCUUGUGAGUACUACAGCUUUCAUGCCGUCUUGUCGUUUUGAUUUGAUGUCGAAGAUGAAGUUUUUAGUCAUUUUGCC